AUGGCGGCCUCCGUCCCGAAAAAGCGGAAGCUUUCCAUAAGAGAGGCGGGCAAGUCCACCGUCUCCGCCGAGACGCUGCAAAAGGAUUUCUACAACAGUGCCUCGACCUGGAAUCUCGAAGAGAAUUACCAAAAGAGACAGGCGAAGAAGCAAAAGAGCCAGCCCAAAGAAAGCACGAGACUACCCAUCAAGACCGCCGACGGACGGAUAGAACAAGUCGAGUACGAGGACGAGCAGGCUGCCGACAGCGAGGAAGACUGGCUGGAAGAAAAGGAGGAGAGGCCGGAGCGCCCCGCGAAGAAGAAGCCGGAAAAGUCCGAGACCGAACAGAUCAUCGAGGCGCAGGAAGAGCUGGCCAAGAUCGCCAACACGCUGAAUCAGGAUCCCGAGGAGAAUGCCGGCGCCUUUCGAGCGCUAGCCAAGAUUGGAGAGUCUGAUAUUCUUGCGAUACGGAAAUUGGCUCUCAUCACGCAGAUGACCGUGUACAAGGACGUCAUUCCAGGCUACAGGAUACGUCCGGCCGCCGAGGCCGUGGUGGAAGAGAAGCUUACAAAGGAUGUGCGGCGCAUGCGGUCGUACGAGCAGUCUCUGCUCGCAGGCUAUCAGGCCUACGUCCGCAACAUCAGCCAGCUGGCGAGAUCGCGGCCUUCGUGGAAAGACAAGGGCCAGACUCUGCCCAGUAUCGCGACGACGUGCGCCUGCAGCCUGUUGAACAGCGUUCCCCACUUCAACUUUCGCAGCGACCUGAUCAAGAUUCUAGUGGCUAAGCUGAGCAGGCGGAGGGUCGACGGCGACUUCAUCAAGUGCCAAAAGGCUAUAGAGAAGCUCUUUGACGAAGACGAGGAUGGCGGUCCUUCCCACGACGUUGUCUCCACGCUGUCGAGGAUGAUGAAGGCCAGGGACUACGACGUCGACGAGAGGGUGGUCAACGUCUUCCUCCACCUACGUCUCCUGUCCGAGUUCUCCGGCAAGGCUUCCUUGAACUCGGUGGAGGAUGAGGAUGGAGCAAAAGCCCUCGAGAGGGAUGCAGCACAGACGGACGCCCUCGUCCACCACGAAGAGCGCGAGCGUCUGCAAUCCGAGGCCCUGAAGCUCGUCUUCGCGACCUACUUCCGCAUCCUCAAGCUCCGCGCCCCGCACCUCAUGGGCGCCGUGCUCGAAGGUCUCGCCAAGUACGCUCACCUCAUCAACCAAGACUUUUUCGGUGAUCUCCUCGAGGCUCUUAAGGACCUCAUCCGCUACGCUGACGCCGAUGAGGCGGCUAUCGGUAACGAAGAUGAUGAAGGGGACGCGGCGAAGGAGGACGAGGAGGACGAGGAUGAGGAGAAUAUCCGCAACGCCAGCCGCGAGGCCCUCCUCUGCACCAUUACGGCCUUUGCCCUCCUCGCUGGACAGGGCGCUCACAACUCGCGCACGGCACUCCACCUUGAUCUCUCCUUCUUCAACAACCACCUCUACAGGUCGCUCCACGCCCUCUCCACCAACCCCGACCUCGAGCUCACCUCUAGGACUCACCUCCCCGAUCCUUCCAAGCCCGUCCCGCCCCCGUCCACCGGCAACAAGGUCAACCUCCAGACCACGACCGUCCUCCUCCAGCUCAUGACCGCCGCCCUGCACCUGCCCGAGAAGUCGUGUCGGGCCAUCCUCGCUCUCCUCUCCGACGUCGCCGACACGCACGGGAAGAAGGUCUCGGGGCUCUGGAACACGGAGCACAGGAUCGGCAACGGCACCUUUAAUGCCCUCGCCGACAACUUUGAGAGCUCGAAUCCUUUUGCUGCGACGGUCUGGGAAGGGGAGAUUUUGAGGAAGCAUUUUUCGCCCAUGGUGAGGGAAGGGGUCAAGUUGCUGGAGAAGGGCAUGUCCAAGUAG